UCUGAGUAUCCUGUCCGAUUGCCAGCCAUUGCCAAUUGAUACCCUCCAAACGGUCGCUCGGAAUCCGGCCUUGUUACCCUGCGUUUAUUUGUCCUUUUUGAAUUUCGCUCCGGAGACCAGGAUCUUAAAGAUGGCUACCGCACAAGGUGUCAACGUCCUUCGCUACUCGGCUCUCGUAGCCGGUCUCUUCUACGGUGCCUACCACCAAUCCUCGAUCACUGCCAACGCGAAGCGUGCCGAAGCCGACCGUGAAUACGCCCGCCAGGAGCGCCUGAUCCAGCAGGCCAAGGCCGAAUGGAAGAGGAAGACGGCGCCCAAGGACACACAAAACAGCGGAAUCAUCACGGAUCCCGAGGACAGCCGGUUCGACCUUGAGGCGUACCUGAAGAUGAAGGCCGGGGAGAACUAGAGGAAUUGGAAGGUACAAAGUGAAAGGACGAGUGACAACUGUUCUGGUACAACGGUCGUACCCCCUAGGGUAUAAGAAAGGUUGUUUCGGGUAACCCCCGAUUAUGUAUUAUUGUUUGGUCUAAUUUCCCAGAGUCGUGUCAUUGCGAGCGAAAGGAAUGAUUUUUCUUUUACGUUACUAGAGAUCCUCUCCGAGUCAUUGUACAUACCCUGGGCUGUCGUGCGUCUGUACACUACAGUUGGGCCAGAAGAGCAAGAGAUUCUGUUCGCUUUGGUGUCAUUGCUGAUCCCUUGUCCUGUGUGCGCCCUUGGGUGGGGUGAUACUCUAUCAUUGCUCAACAGACGUUCCCGCCAUUAAACGGACCUGGUGGUCUAUUGUUGCGUAGCAUCUCAGCUCCCCUUUGUUCAACCAGUCAGGUCUUCUCGGUUUCUAAGCGAUGUCGUGUCCG